GUUCUUUUCCUCCCUCCCCCCCCCGGCACCCUCCGCUCUGGGGCGUCUGUCGUCUCUUGCUCACCCCCCUCCCUCCCCGGCUGCCAGGCGCGUGAAGCGGGCGCUCCCUUCCCUCCGAGGCGGGAUUUUGCGGCUCUUGCGGGCGGAAGAAGCCGGCCGAAACGCUUCCUUGUUCCUUCCACUUUAACUGGCAUCACCGAGAAAGGAGGUGUUCCCUCGGACGAUCCCAACCUUGCUAUUAGGACGCGAGAAUGGCAGGAGAACACAGAAACCCAGCCAGCUUGGACCUCCAGCUGGACGCCGAUCUGGAGGACGGGGUGAAGAUUGAGAUGCAGGAAGAAGCAGAACCCGAGAAGGAGGUGGCGGAAAGGCCUGUGAGGAUCCCCUCGGAGAGGGCCAAGGAAUCCCUGGAAAGCGUAACGGCGGAAGCCAUUAAGCGGGAGCCAGAGGCCGACCCGGAAGACUGUCGCUUGGAAGUGGAAGAAGAGAAAUUUAUCAUGGGCAAACAGUCCCCAACUUCCGAGCCGGGGAAUGAGCAGCUGCUGAGGGCAGAAGGAAGUGGCCAUUCGGAGGCCGAGCUCUCUUCCCUGGAGGAAAGCUCCGACCUCGGGCCGCGUCGCCGGCGGAACAGGGUGACCCAGCCCCUCUUGCACCUUGGCGAAGGAACCCAUCAGUUGGUCAACAGCGCCUCUGCGAAAGACAAAACUGAGUUCAUAGAAGUGGGAGAGGAAGGCCUGGAGGUGACCGGCGCCAGCCUGGACAUUGAGCGCCAGUGUUUCCGUCAGUUCUGCUACCAGGAUGCCGAGGGGCCCCGCGAGGUCUGCGGCAUGCUCUGGAAGCUCUGCCAUCGCUGGCUGCAACCGGAGCGGCGUUCCAAGAGCCAGAUCCUGGAGCUGGUGAUCCUGGAGCAGUUCCUGUCCAUCUUGCCCGAAGAAAUGCAGAAUUGGGUCCGAGCCAGGCAUCCGGAGACUUGCUUUCAAGCCGUUAGCCUGGCGGAGGAGUUCCUGGGGCGUCAGCAAGGGACAGAGCGGCGGGAACGGCAGGGUCUGUGGCCCUUCAAAGAGGCAACUGUGGAUUUCCAUGGGUCUGUGGGGACACCGAUGGAGUCAAGCGAAUGGCCGAUGUUCAGGGAGAACAAAGAAGAGGAUGUCCCUUUACUGGCUUCGGUGGAGAACCCGUACACCUGUUGGGACUGCGGAGAGAGCUUUUCGGGGAUAGACGUGCUGGUGGCCCACCAGAGCAUCCACACAGGAGAAAAACCCUUCAUUUGCUCCAAAUGCGGGCAGAGCUUCAGCCAGCGUUCGCAACUGACCGCCCACGAAAAAAGCCACGUGCCAAAGAAGGCUUUCCCUUGUCCGGACUGCGAACAAAGCUUUAGCAAGAAAAGUGGGCUCUUGGCUCAUCAGAGGACACAUACGGGAGAGAAGCCGUAUCACUGCGUAGACUGCGGGCAGAGUUUCGCCCACAAGUUCGAUGUGAUCCGGCACCAGCGUAUCCACACAGGAGAGAAACCGCACGAGUGCCCCGUCUGUGGGAAGAGCUUCCGCAACACCUCCGCAUACCACGUACACAUGAGGAUCCACACAGAAGAGAAGCCCUACCCCUGCUCGGUUUGUGGGAAGAGCUUCCGGCAUCGGGCUAACGUCAUUGUCCACGAGAGGAUCCACACGGGAGAAAAGCCCUACGUCUGCGUGGAAUGUGGGAAGAGCUUUGGCGACGCGUCUUCUCUUCGGAAGCACAGGAGAUCCCACACCGGAGAGAGGCCGUACCACUGCGCGGAGUGCGGGAAAAGUUUUUCUCAGAACGCUGGGCUGGUUCAGCACGAGAAAAUCCAUACGGGAGAAAAGCCCUAUCAGUGCCCCGAAUGUCCCAAAAGUUUCCGGGACAAAUCGGCUUUCGUUGCUCACCAGAGGACCCACACGAAGGAGACUCCCUACCGUUGCAUGGUCUGCGGCAAAUGCUUUGGCCAUCGUUCCAACCUCCACAAGCAUGAAAAAAUCCACGCCCGGAGACAGAUGGUCUGAGUGCUGAUGGGAAAGCGCUUCGUUCAGAAACCAAAACUCCUCGUGCAUGAAAAGACUCGUUGGCAAGAGAAGGCGGAAAGCUCUUCUCUCGCCUCUAUAUUAGUUUUUGUUUUUCCAGAAGGUACGGCGUCGUACCUUUUCUGCUGAAUUCCAGGGCUGCAUCGCUUAACAGACAGCCAGAACAAAACAGUGAUUUUUUUUUAUUUUUAUUUUUGGGGAGGUAGUCCAGAUCGUAUGAAGGUGAAUAGGACUGAUUGUCUCUAUUGCCUUUGUGGCUCCCCCCCCCUUUUCCUUACCUCUUAGAUUAUUAUUUUUUUUAAAAAAAAACAUAUUUUAAGUGAGUUGAUUUAAUGAACAGCACUACUCAACGUUUUGAUUGCAUGUACCCUGUAACCGGUUCAACGUGAACAUUUUGGUGGGCUCCAGUUUUGGCUGGGUGCUCCUGCUCGCUUUGAUUUCCCCCUCCCGAGCCGCUGCAGGGUGUGGAUUUGGCACCUGGCAUUUUUUUGGGGGGGGGGAGUGAGGAAUGGACAUUGAAGAGAGCAGACUUCUGGUCAUGGGAUGGAUGGAAUCGAGUUGGAUUCCAUCCUAAAGCGCUGUCCCCUAUCAGGAAAACGGUCCCUGUCCAGGAGACACGUGGUUGCAGAGGUCUGUGGCCCAAAGGCAGCCAUGAAUUUGGUAUCGCAAGAGGAAGGCCUGCUGGAAUCGUCACGCCGAGGGUCUACCAGAGCGAGCCCGUCUAUCCCCUUUGGUUUCUCGCUUUGGCGAGGAUGAGUGAGCCAUUUCUCUUUCAGGAGGGCUCAACCAGCACAUUCUUGCCAGGUUCCGAUUGGUGGGGUUUCCCCCCUUCUUUUCAGCCCUCCUCCUCCCACCCUCUCCACCCCCCCCCCUUUACCUCAAAGUAAUCGCAGGCAUUUUUUAUUUCCUUUCUCUCUCGUCUUUGGCUUAACGCACAUGGAGAUCCAUGCUGUCGGAUGCAAGUUAAUGGACCUUGGCUUAUAGUGAUUCAAUAUAGGCAUCGUAGAAGCUACUUUUAUUUAAUCGUUCUUUUCUACUGCACCCUGCUUUAUUUCUCUUCAGAUCUCUCUUUCGUCCGAAUUUAAUAAAGUCUUUCUAAAUUGGA